GACUAUUCUCUGCAUUUUCUAUGUCUGCUAUCAGUAUUACUGCUCUGCUCUCUUUCUGGUUUUCGUCUUGAAGAAAUUUAAGUGCAAAAACGGAAGGAUCUACUGCUUAUUUUCUGGAUUUGUGUAUAGUUGAUGGGGUGGUAUGAGAUCAGCUGACUGUAACAUUUUUCUAGUAGGAUGAUUAUGAAAAACCCUAACAUUUCUAGCUCAAAAAAGGAGGGAGAUGUUAAGAUGGAGGAGGAAGAAGGUGUAAAGAGAAGAAGUGAAAGUGAAAAGCCACCAGAGGAUGACUGUUGUCCCAUUUGCUUUGGGAAUUUCUCCAUUCCUUGCAAAACAAACUGUGGUCACUGGUUUUGUGCAAGUUGCAUAUUGCAGCUGUGGUACUACAGAUCAACACUGUGCCGGUGCAAGUGCCCAAUAUGCUGCUGCCUCAUAAGUAAAUUGGUACCGGAGACAUCAUUACUUGUUCAACAGGAAGAGGAUGUUGUGGAACUGCUUAAAAAGAUUAGGCGGUACAAUCAUCUCUACAUAAGUGGUGCUUAUGGGUUUUUUCAGAAGGUACUAGCACUACCACUUUUAACGAGGAGAAUUUUCCAAGCGCUGAUGGACACACUGAUGGAUCCUGAUCAAGUUCGUUUAAACUAUUACUUGAUGCGCAUUCUUGCAAUUCUCAUGAAGUACCCUAGGACAAUUUUGGUUAAAUUCCUCUGUGAGGUUGUCGGUGACAUGGAGAAUCCCUGGAAUAUUGCAUACAUUGUUGUUCCUGAGUUGGAUCUACUGUAGCUGCCAAUUCCAGUUCAUUCCUACUGCCAUGAGACACUGAAGAAUCUCAUCCUUUGUACGUGCCGCUGAUGAUUUUAGUGUCAUUUAUACCAUUAAUAUAUGGUCAUGCUGAUCUUCAGAAUGCAACUUAAUAGAGUUGACUAUACUGCUUCUGAUGAAACAAGAAAUUAUUAUCUCGUAGAAUAAGUUAUUUGUUUGGUCUGUAGAGAAACUAUUCUAAUUUCACUUCUAGGACUUUCCAGGUCUCGAUUCUAUAUGCAGCCAUUGACAGGAUGUUGCUGCAUUUUGAACAUAAGCUGAUAAAUUACUUGUUUAUAGGAGGACUGGGAAUCUGGAGACUGUUUGACAUCUGUGCUAUUGCCACGGUGGCCAUUUUCUCUUUGGCUGGCCUAUACCGUAGAUGGGUGCUUCGUCGUCGUGUGAGACAGUUGGCUGUUCUACCAGUACAGCCUGAUUGAAAG